GCGAGGAAAGUCGUGACCUUGGAUCUUUGCUUCGUCGUAUUUCAAAAUGCGAACGCGUCAAGCUCCGUUACUCUUCGGAGCUUGUCAUGUGAAGCUUUUCGUAUAGACACCUGUACAACGAGGAGGAUAUGGGAUUGACAAAAUCAAGGCCAAUUAUUAUUCGGGUCUUGCUGGCAUCUUUGUCAUCUGCUGUGAAUCUUGAUCCACCGUUUUUGUUGUUUACUAUUUCCUAGAUUGCUCAAAUCUGUUACGUUUUUUUUUCGUUUAUAUUUCUAGUUUUUUUCUACGAUCGUGUUUUUUGUCCAAUAUGACGGAGCUAUAUAUAGGAUGCGCGUGCAUGUAAUUUCAUUAUUUUUUAUUUUUAUUCAACAUAGCGGUUAGAAUUGAUAAUACGAAAUAAUAUAUUAACAAAAAAAUAUUAUUGAUCGAAAUCCUUCUAACAGCGUGUGUAUUUGUAUAUGAGAAUAGGAAACGAGACUUCGAAAGUGCGCGUGUACAACAAAGCCAUAUCAAAGAACGCUUAUUCACUCUCGUUAUUAUUUUUCGGCGGCCUUGAAUUGGAUUUAUUACGAUACACCAUAUCGUGCGGUCCUAAAAGAUAAUAUCCCAUUGGUGCUCCUCUCGGUGGAGAGGGGUCAUUUUCUUCUAUUUCCGAAGCUGAGGAGGCAUACGUUGCAUUUAGUAACUACGGUCGGAAACCGCUAGAGGUCGGGUCAAGCCGACAAGUCAUCGCAUACUUUUGUCGCGUAUCGUUUGCUCGGACACGCGAGAAUGCGUUAUCGUUCGCUAAUGUACGAGGCGGCCUCUUGACAAGAUAAACAAAAACACACGUGUUAUCAAUUUUUAUUCCAAUAGAUAUAGUUUAAACAGAUACAUAGCCACCGUUUAUUAUUAGUGGCGGGAUUAACAAACUCCUGAUCGUGUUAUGCGAUCGAGGAGAAAACGUCGAAAAUGCAUGAUGAUGAGAGGUUUCAUGUGUUUCAUGCAAGCAUAAUAUGUCGGUAAAACUUAUCGAAGUAACGAAUAUAUAUAUGAGAUGAGUGAAUAAUGCGCGCGUAUCUCUUUCGUGCAACACGCCAAGGUGACAGAGAGAACCACGAAUAAGAAUAAAAAACAGAGGGAAGAUCUCGAUAGAAGAGAAUGUUAAAAUAAAAAACGAAAGAACAAUGGCCGACGUACGGUUUAUAUCAAGCGUGUGAAUCGUGGAACAAUUUCGAACCAUCGAUCGUACGUGCAAUGAAUGUGGGAUAAAGAUGUCAACGAAAACAAAACGACUGUAUAGCCCCACGAUACACGAGAUUCUCUAUGCGCGUCUACAACUGUAUGGUGGCGGUACUUUCAUUAUUUAUUUCGACCCCUAAUUCAUAUAUAAAUAUAUACACCGCCAAACAUCUAGACUGUAGUGAAUGUUCGUUCUUUUCCACUUCCCCACUCGCGUCCUCUCAAUCCCAACACUAUGCGUGAACUUAUAUGCGUGUUUACUUGAUGAAACAACAAGUCAAGAUAUAAUAAUAAUAAUAAUAAUAAUAAUAAUAAUAAUAAUAUAUAUACACGACGUCAGAUCGUCGUUACCAGCUGUGCUAAAAUACGCGUACUGCAUGCAUAUGUCAUGCCGUUUUUUGUUCUCAAUUCCUGACUAUCGCUGUUUUAAAAUUAAAUGGAUUAAUGACAGUGCUUUUUUUUCACAAUUAUCUUCGUUCGUCCGAGCCUGAUUUUCGCCAUUACCCCUUUAUUAAAGUGAAGAGAACGAAAGAGAAAGAGAAACACUUUCGUUCUUCCUUUAUAUACUUGUCUAUACGACUCAACUCAAGCCAAGAGCUGAGAGUUGGGCUGGUUGGGCGCUUCGUGAUAAAUAAAAAACAACGGGCUGCCAUUUUGGGCUUUCGCAAAGGUUUCUAUGUUGCACCCACCAGUCGCUCCUGUGUUUCUCCUGUGUACACGCGCGCGGGGAGAAUUGUGUAUCUUGUAUGAGACGCAUUUUCAAAUAUAACGCGUGUUUUAAAGAAAUAUUCAAAAAUUGGAAAGAAACGAAAAGUAAGAGAGAGAGAGAGAGAGAGAGAGAGAGGGAGAGAGAAAUACAGAAGCAGAAACCAGCAAAAGUGAAGAGAGGUGGAGAAAGAACCGAGAGGCCUUCGAAGGCUUCGAAACUACCGCUUGGCGCUUGCUCUCAAAGUGCGAGCGUCGCUUUCCUCUAUAACUCUAGGUGCGCGUGUGUUGUGUGCGCGCGCGCGCGUGUGUGGGGCGGGGGAGGGAGAGAGCUUGGUAGUACAUCUGAUAGCCACACGCCGUCGUUGUCGCUACAAUCAUCGGGAGCGAAAAAAGAAUUCAUUGGGAAUUCAGUGUGUCCGCGGUGAUCCGCGGUAAUGCAAGUUCAGAAGGUGAAUUAGUACUCGUUCUUCCGAAAUACUCGCGCAACACAUCCUUUUUUUCUUCCUUUUAUUAUUUAGUUAUUAUUUUUCACAUACACCGUAACUCAGUGAGCAAGGACCGCUUGUCCGUCUUAAAAAGAUGCGUUGGAAAUUUAGUGAAAAAGGAGUAAAUUUUUAGACGUUAAUUCCAAGGGUGUACGUAUAUGUGUGCGUACGUGCGGAGAUUGUGAAUCGUCGUUCAGUGUGUUGUGAGUGACAAGGCUCGAGCGCUGUGAAAUCUCAGAAGCGGCGCGUGUAUCAACAAAAGUUGGAUGAGGAUAGGUAUAGACUAUCCUGCUUCUGGUUCGUGGUUCCGUGUGUGCAUGCAUGCUUUGUGCGUUAAGGGUGUGCGUGCUGGCACAUUCAGCAUUAUACUGUUGUUGUUCAGCCGCUAUAAAUUCGGCAUCAUCCUCGGCAAAAGCCAUAACUUCACUAGCCGCGGCUUCAUUAUAUUCGGUGGCAGUAAGGAGGAAAGAGGUGGUCGAGAAGGUGGAGGGAAGAGAGGAGGUGGUGGCGGGGACGGUGGCGACGACCGCGGUGGUGGAACAGACGACGGCGAUUUUAGCCUGCUCGAUCGUCCACGGUAUUCACGAUUGGUCCCGAGUCACGACCAACAAAUGUUUUAAAUGGACGCAUCGUCCAUUAUCACUCAAGUGUCGCGGGAUGACGAGCUAGGCCACUUCAAUAAUGAGAAAGUACAAUUGCCGAGGGAAAAUGAGGCAACGAGCAACGGCCCGACCGGUGGAAAAAAGCCUCGAGGACGGGGUCUAUUGCGCUCCCUUUUAUGCUGUCUCGGACGCGGAAGAGGUGGAAGUUCGAAAAGUUCGAAAGCGAGCUCGUUGCAAGGCGAUGGUCGUGGCUCACCACCCCCUGGCACAGGAUCGCCCAGAUUCCUUUUGCCACCUGUACGCCACCAGGAUAUGCACAAAAAGUGUAUGGUCAUCGACCUCGACGAAACUCUCGUCCAUAGCUCCUUCAAACCUAUCAACAACGCCGAUUUUGUUGUUCCGGUUGAAAUCGACGGUACCCUGCAUCAAGUUUACGUAUUAAAGAGGCCUUACGUCGAUGAGUUUUUACAGAGAAUGGGAGAACUCUACGAGUGCGUACUCUUCACUGCCAGUUUGGCAAAGUACGCCGAUCCCGUGGCAAAUUUAUUGGACAAAUGGGGGGUCUUCAGGGCUCGAUUGUUCCGUGAGUCGUGUGUCUUUCAUCGUGGCAAUUACGUCAAGGAUUUGAACAAACUAGGAAGAGAUCUUCAGCAGAUAAUCAUAGUCGACAAUAGUCCGGCGAGUUACAUCUUUCAUCCGGAUAAUGCUGUUCCGGUUGCAUCGUGGUUCGAUGAUAUGACGGAUUCCGAGCUCUUAGAUUUGAUACCCUUUUUCGAAAAGUUGAGCAACGUUGAGAACAUAUAUACGGUAUUGUGCAACAGCAAUCAUCCGUUCAAUCAGGUACCGGGGGCUGUACAAAACAGCCCAAGCCCCGGUUCAGACUCGAUGGGAGCCUCCUAGCCCCGCCGAAAUUCUGGCCUAACGGUCAGCCUUGACACCUCCCGUUGCAUUCUGAGGAGGAAUGGCCUCCUACGCGUAGCUCAAUUAGCAUGCCGUGUCAAGAGACCGGUUGCCACGACGACGAGUUAGACGCGAAAAAGAAACGAAACGAAAAAAGUACGAGACUAGAAGAGGAGGAACACACGAAUAUAAAGAGCGGGAGAAAAACGCCCGUGAGCUGGCCCUCCGAGUAAAGCCUCGAGCAAGAGAGGCUACGGGAGAUUAACGAAGCUGCAGCCUAAAACAGCUCGUAGAGGUUGGGGGAAUCUUCGAACCAAGCGGACGGAAGGAACCUCGACGGAUGAACGUGAGAAUCCAAAACACGACGAGAGUCGAAGCUUGGCGUUUCAUUUUUCUGUUCAACUGGCGAGAACGAAACAGUAACGUUUGGAACGUUGACGAUGUCACGAGAGUCCGAAAAACAAAACUUCUCCACGAACAACUGCAAUCAAAUUUUUGAGAUUUUUCUUUCGUUUCUUUUUACGUUGCGACUUUUCGUUGUCGAAAGAACAUGACGCAAAAUAAAAAGAGAACAAAGAGAAUCGCGUAACGCUCGAAACGACGUGUAUUUUGCUAGGAAGCGGGAAAACGAGAUUGGUCGAGUGAAGAACUAGAACACGCAAAGCCCGCUUAUUGUGUUUUGUUUUAUUACAUUCUUUCCGCUUUUUCAACGAGUGCGAAAGAACGUGCGCGUCCCCCCCCCCCCCCCCUCCCCCUUUCCAAAUGCGAUAGAGCAUAUAUAUAUAUAUUCGAGCAACAAUCACUGACUCACCGUACUGCCUGAUGCAACAAACUCUUUAAUAUACAAUAUAUACAUGCAUAUUUAUGUGGCUAAUAUACAAAAGUACAUCAUUCACGGGAAUUACUAUUGUGAUUUUCGUCGAUUGUGUUCUUUUAUUUACUGGCAGUACUAGUAUACAUAUAUAUGAAUAUUGUACUACGGUCGUACGUUUCGAUGCACACGAUGAUUUUCUCCCUCUGCGAUAAGACGAUCGUACGAAUAUUACGUCAAAAAAGCGUGGUUCCCCUACAUUCGUUGGUCCUUUUUCUCGUCGUUUUUUUUCUUUUUAUACAAAUAUAUUGAUUAGAAAUGUACACCAAUGAAUUUAGAGAGUCGAGGCAUUUAUAAGCGAACAAGAUGAACGUUUUUUUUUUUAUUUUCCGUCUAUCGAUUGUUGAGAAAAAUCCAAAAUGAUAACCAGACUUCGAGCACCGUUCGACGAAUGAAUCAGGAUUCUUAGUAGAGCAUUUGUACUUAGUUGAAAAAAAAAAGAUGAAUGUAACGAGUGAUUUUUCGCAAAGGUCAGAAUGACACGGACACCGAAAAGGUCGAACUCUUCAGUUUUUCGAUAGAAAAAAAAAAAAAAAAAACUAUGGAAAAUGCAAAAAGUUAACGUGUGGCGUUGUUCGUCUUUAUAAUGGAUUGUUUCCAUUAGAUUCUUUUUUAAGUCUCUGCGCUUAAAUCGCGAUGAAAUUGCAUCAAUGUCUUGCAAUAUUUUAUUUUUAACCUUUCUCUGUUUAAACUAAAUAGAAAAUGACCAAUCAAUUUUUUCCCCCGAAACUUUUACCUGCUGGGACGAAAUGUGGAAUUUAUUCUCUCGACGCGCCUCUUUUGCUCGAGUUUUUAAUUUUUUAAAAUCUUUCCUUUUCCUACGAGACCCGCGAGAAAUCCGUCGAGUGGCUUCUCCCCCUUCCAAAGUUUGUUUUUAUACAUCAGGACUAAUUUGGUGCUUCCGUAUGACGAACGCAAGAUGUGAAAAAGAAAACUAUAAAAAACGAAACAACAAGUGUUGAAAACAUUCGUGCGACAGACGUCUCGGGAUUUUCCCCGAUUUUGUAAUUACAAUUCUUACACAAUGUGACAAAUUUUCUCUGUUGUCUACCUCUUUCUUUUCUUCGCUUUUAUUUGUGUCCUUUAAAUUAUACGGUAUAUCCAAACGCGUUGCCUGCGAAUGCUUUUUUCUAUGUAUAUCAGAAGAAGACUUUAUAUAAAUACAUUAUAUAUAUAUAUAUAUAUAUUAUAAUCGCGUAUAAAAUUCCGCGAACUGUGGACUCGAGAUUUUUUUCUCUUCUUUUUUUCAUCGGCCAGACGCAUAUGGACAAUUGAAAGAAAAAAAAAGUGUUGCGAGAAUGGGGAGAUUGAAAUAGAAGAAAAAGUGAAUAUCGAAGCUGUAAAAUGAUUGUGUUUGCAAGUACAAAGUUGUUACUUUUUUUUAGAACGUGUAUAUGAAGCAUGGUAUAUAAUGCGCGUCGCGAUUUUACCGAUGCAGCGUAAGGGUGGCAAACUAAGAAGAAUAUGAGAAAAUGGAAAAGAAGCGAUGAAAACAAAAUGUAGGAUCGAGAACGCGAUAAAAUGUAGCAUAAAGCGCGAAUGAAUGAAUGAGUGAGAGAAUAAUUAAAAAUAAAGCUAAUACAGUGCAAAAGCAAAAAAGAGAGAGAGUGAGAGAAUAAUGCAUAGAGGCUAGUACGAAGGCCAACGGCGCGUGUUUACGCUGAGAUGAUGAGAGAGGAAGAGAGGAAUAAACGUUUUUUUUUAUAUGAAAUCAAUUUCAUGAGAAAAAUGACUUUGAAAGGCUACGAAAAAAUCAAGAAUUUUAAGUCACAGUGGGUUCGUGUGAAGAAAUGAUGACACGUAUGGGACCCUCGAGAAUAUUAUAUAUUGUAUAAAAUUUGUCACAAAGAUUGCCGAGGAUAAAAAAAAGGUGUGAAAUAAUAAUGAAAACUCAACGGAACCGAAAAUUUUUCGUGUUGUUGCCCCGUUCGUCUCGUGUCUUCUCACGAAGCUUCCGCACGCUCUCCGUUCCGAAUCGAAACUUUUCGUACGAUUUUUUACGCGUCGUAUUGCAAAAAUGAAAUCACGAGGUAGCCUCUCAUUCUCAUUUCGCCCAUCCACUUUAUAUACUCUUUGUAAUUUGAUGAAAACACACACUAAAAAAGAAAUGAAAUAAAGCGCAUUUUUGUACAAUAAACAGUGUGAUGAACGGGGACCGGAAUUGCCCGUGAUAUUGCAUGAGACGGCGGAGCAUUUUUUCGAGCACUCUUAUUAUAAGAAAAAUAAAAACGAUAUAUGUAAAAAGGUAAAAGAGAAAAAAACGUCGAUACUGUGAAAUAUCUCCUGGCCAUACCCGAAAUCUCACUCCAACGUGUCUCCACUUUGCUCUGUGAUUAUGUGUUCAAUUGAACAAAAAACCAACAUGAAAAAAAGAAUAAAAGUAAAGUCGGAAAUUAUAUUAUAUAUGAGGUAUUCCAGCCCAAGUGUGUAAAUCCGUAACCCCCCUCACAAGUUUUUUAGAUUAUUCCAAACAUCCCAAAAAAAACGUCAUGUUUGAAAAAUCGGAAAAAAUUUUGAAAACACCGUGACGUUUCUCAUUUUAUUAACGUUCUCAUAAUUCCGAAAAAUUCUCAAAUUGUUCACCUUGCGCAGUUACCGAAUUAUUUUGGUACUCAAAUUAAUGUUAUUGACGAUUUUUUUAAUAAUGCAAUACGAAUUAUAUAAACCUUAAAAUGAGAAUAAUGCCUUCGCGAUGCCUGAAUAACGCUCCACAACAUGAUCCAGCGUCUGGGGUUUUUUUUUAAUAUGUUUCUUCAGAAUAGGUAUAAAUAAUUCUACUUGAAUAUCGAUUAACGAUAAUAUUAUAAUUAUUAAGUUAGAUUAUAUUAAUUGUUGGAAAAAAGGUUUUAUCGAAGGUUGCGAGAGUGCGAAGCAAAAAAUUGGCCAUUUUACUCGACUUUUUGUGGUCGUAAUUUUUUUCGCCCAAUUUUUUUUUUCUUUUUUUGUAAUUUUUGUUUGUUCGUAAUACGAUGUGUUUGCCAACUUCUGCAUUUAUUUGACGUUAUCUUUCUUGAAUAAGAAGUCUUAUAAUCAUUGACAUUCAUGAUUUAAAAUAGGCGACUGACCAAAAGGCAUAAAUGUACUUGACUCUAGUUUUUUUUAUUACAGCAUUCAUGCUGUAUUUAGGAUUUAAGUAAAAUAUUCUUUAAGCAACAUGGCUUCCUUCGCGUGCACGCAAACUGCGAUGAAACUUAUUUUUCUUAACAAUUGAUAUGACUAAAUAAUUAUAAUAUUAUCGUUAAUCGAUAUCCAAGUAGAAUUAUUUAUACCUGUUCUGAAGAAACAUAUUAAAAGAACCACCCCAGACGCUAUAUCAUGUUGUUGAGUGAGCAUUGUACAGGCAUCGCGAUAAGGCGUUAUUCUCAUAUUUAUUAAGGUUUACAAUACGUAUUGCAUUAUUCGAAAAUAGUUAACGAAAUUUGAGUACCAAAAUAAUUCAGUAUCUGCUAAAGUUGAACUACUUGAGAAUUUUUUUGAAUUAUUAGAAUACGUCGAUAGCUCGUAUAACACAAAAACAAAAACUAUCCGCCCACCACGGGUGAUGGCUCAAAAAAUUUUCCAUAUUAUCACGGUGUUUUCAGAAUUUUUUCAGAUUUUUAAAACAUGACGUUUUUUUUUGGAUGUUUGGAAAAAUCUAAAAAACUUGUGAGGCUGUUUUUUUAGUCUCAAUGAAAUACCUCAUAUCUGUAUAUAAUAUCGUAUAUUGUGUACGAGACGCUUUAUAAUUUCGACGGCCCCCCCUCUCGAUCAUUUCCUUCGAAUCGUCGAUUUUUUUUGUACCUUUAAUAAGUCAUAACGGAUUCUUUGACGGAACGGAAUUGAAAUGGACGAAACACACUUCAGAAUUUUUAUGAAGAAAAAAAAAAAGAAUCUUUCAAGUAUAUCAAUUGAACCAGAGCUUCGUAAUGUAAAAUAAUUAUUGUCCCUCUAGCAUUUUAUUGAGUAUAUAGACAUUAAUAAUAAUUCAGGAGUGUAAUGAAACAAAAUAUAUUGGUAAGGGGUUU